CUGCCAUCUGGAACUGAUCUGCUUCUUGCAAAGGAAUUUUUCAAAGUUUUCCAUCCCCAUUCGAGGGGCAUACCAGCCCAUGGUCAUUUCUGCCUUGUCAGCUUUGCUGGGUGAUGAAUGAGACCCUUGUCAGAUCACUGUCAUCUUGCCUGCCCCAUUCCCACCUCCAGGAAACACGGCAGAGGGGGAGGUGAGGCCCCAGUGGCUGAGAGGGGGUAGGGAAGGGGAGGUGCUUGUCCAUUUAUAGGCUUGCUCUUUGGGAUGCUGAAGGUGCUGAAAUAGCAAGGACAAGGGACUUGGCUGAGUGUGAAAUACCCACGGAGCUGCCUAAAGGACUCUGAGAUGACAAUAGGGAGCAUGGAGAACGUGGAGGUCUUCACUUCUGAGGGCAAGGGCAGAGGUCUGAAGGCCACUAAGGAGUUCUGGGCUGCGGAUGUCAUCUUCGCUGAGCGGGCUUAUUCCGCAGUGGUUUUUGACAGCCUGGUUAACUUCGUGUGCCACACCUGCUUCAAGAGGCAGGAUGCGAAGCUCCAUCGCUGUGGACAGUGCAAGUUUGCCCACUACUGUGACCGCACGUGCCAGAAGGAUGCUUGGCUGAACCACAAGAAUGAGUGUUCGGCCAUCAAGAGAUACGGGAAGGUGCCCAAUGAGAACAUCAGGCUGGCGGCCCGCAUCAUGUGGCGGGUGGAGAGAGAGGGCACCGGGCUCACCGAGGGCUGCCUGGUCGCUGUGGAUGGCCUGCAGAACCACGUGGAGCACUUUGGGGAGGAGGAGCAGAAGGAGCUGCGGGUGGACGUGGACACCUUCUUGCAGUAUUGGCCGCCCCAGAGCCAGCAGUUCAGCAUGCAGUACAUUUCGCACAUCUUCGGCGUGAUUAGCUGCAAUGGCUUCACGCUCAGUGACCAGAGGGGCCUGCAGGCGGUGGGCGUGGGUAUCUUCCCCAACCUGGGCCUGGUGAACCACGACUGUUGGCCCAACUGCACCGUCAUAUUUAACAACGGCAAUCAUGAGGCAGUGAAAUCCAUGUUUCACACCCAGAUGAGGAUUGAGCUCCGGGCCCUGGGUAAGAUCUCGGAAGGAGAGGAGCUGACAGUGUCCUAUAUCGACUUCCUUAACGUCAGCGAAGAGCGCAAGAAGCAGCUGAAGAAGCAGUACUACUUUGACUGCACCUGUGAGCACUGCCAAAAAAAGCUGAAGGAUGACCUGUUUCUGGGGGUGAAAGAUGACCCAAAGCCGUCUCAGGAGGUGGUAAAGGAGAUGAUACAAUUCUCCAAGGAUACCCUGGAAAAAAUUGACAAGGCUCGCUCUGAGGGUCUGUACCAUGAGGUUGUGAAAUUAUGCCGGGAGUGCCUGCAGAAGCAGGAGCCAGUGUUUGCCGACACCAACCUCUACACGCUGCGGAUGCUGAGCACUGUUUCCGAGGUCCUCUCCUACCUCCAGGCCUUCGAGGAGGCCUCCUUCUACGCCAGGAGGAUGGUGGAUGGCUAUAUGAAGCUCUACCACCCCAAUAAUGCCCAACUGGGGAUGGCUGUGAUGCGGGCAGGGCUGACCAACUGGCAUGCUGGUAACAUCGAGGUGGGGCACGGGAUGAUCUGCAAAGCCUACGCCAUUCUCCUGGUGACCCACGGACCCUCCCACCCAAUCACCAAGGACCUAGAGGCCAUGCGGGUGCAGACAGAGAUGGAGCUGCGCAUGUUCCGCCAGAACGAGUUCAUGUACCACAAGAUGCGCGAGGCUGCGCUGAACAACCAGCCCAUGCAGGUCAUGGCCGAGCCCAGCAGUGAGCCAACCCCGGCUCUGUUCCAUAAGAAGCAAUGAAGCCCUGUCUGGUGGGGGCGGGCUCCGUGCCUGGGGAACUGGGGAGACAUUCUGGAGGGAGUGGGUUUCUGGGAAGACCCUUGAUGAGGAUGUUCACUCUUGUUGCUGUGGGAAUGUACUGUCCUGUGUUCCUCAGGUCAUUUUGGUUCAUUAAACUUAGUUCAGUUCAGCUGAACCCUAUCCCAGGCCCGCCUAGCCCAGCUUAUCCUACCAAUAUUUAUUGGGUGGAAAGCCCUAGGGAUAAAGAAGCUUCAAGUGUCGCUGGGGAGGCAAAAUGUAAACAGCUAAAGCAAAGUGUAAUAAAUGCAGUGGUAAACUGUAUGGGGGGCACAGUGGAGGGCAUUUGUAUGGUAUGUGGAGGGGCGUGUAUGCAUUGGGAAGGGCAUUAUGGAGGAGGUGACAUUUGAGGCGAGGGUGGCAGGUGCCUGGAGCCUCAGGAGGCUGCUCACGGAUCUGCGUUAUCUCUGGGGCUGCUGGUCUCAUUCAGGGUCUGGAAUACUCAGGUCUUAUCCGACGAAGAUGGGUGAUGUCCGGCUUCCUCAGGUUAGCAUGGAACUAUGAAGAAGGGGCCAUGUUUGGACCAUUUAGGUUCUACUCAGAGAACCAAAACCUCUUAGUAAAUAUGAGAAUGAGGUGAAUAUGCAGAAAGAGGUGUGGCUUUGCCCUAGCCAUUGGAGGCCUCAGUUUAAGGUCUGGAUUGCAAAUAUUAUUCAGAAACUAUUUCUAAAAUACCCAGAAAAUGUCUCCUUCCCUCACCUUCACUGCCAAGCUUUGAUUCCCUGUGAUGUGGGUGCCACUUGGACAAUAUCUGAGAUUUUCCUGGCCAUUGGCCAACUAGGAUUGAAGUCAUAGCAGGAUGAACCUGAGGGAGAAACUUGUGUGAUGGUCUUGGGUUCAGCAGAAUUGGUUUUGGGGAGUUUUAUUUGCUGACAUGUGCCUGGAUGGUCUUUACCGGCUUAGACAUCAUCAUAGGCCCUCAGUAAAUUUCUGUUCUUGGUAAGGAAUAAUUUUGAUUUCCUUUGCUUAAUUUCUUUCACUGCCCAUGCCCUGGGAUCUCUGCUCUCUCACCUCUCUUCUGGAUUAGAAGAAUGUCUAAUCCAGACUCUGCACGCCUAGGUUAGGAUCUCCUUGGUGAUGUGACCCACUUGCCAUCAUGUCCUGGGAGGUUGCUGUGGUUUCCACCCAAGAGUGAGGGUCUUGGAAUCUGCCAAUCUAGUUGUCCUGUUAUCUUCUGGAGUUCUAGAAUUCUCACCAAUGUUUUAGGGGAAUCCUGGAGCAAAGCUCUCCAUUAGGGGGUGUCACCAAGUCUUCCAAACCAUGACCCCAGAGCUCUAGCUACCAUCUUGAAGUGAUCCCGCCAAGCCCCAUAUUUGUCACCUCUGCCUCAAAUGUUAGUUCCUCCAUCCCCCACUUCAUCCUCAGAACCACCUGCUGCCUCCCUCUUAACCUCUCCAGUGGCUCUGCAAAUAUGCCAAAAACUGGUCCAAAGCUCUGUGAGUGUGCUACCUCUUUGCAGAAUACUCAUGCCUGGCAUUCAACUGUUCUUCAAGGUUAUCCCCUUCUCUAGAAGCUUUCACAGGAAGACUGACAGUCUUCCAAGCCUUCAUUCUAAUAGGCCUAGAGAUGGCUACAGCAUUCUCCCAGGAACCCAGAGCACAUUCAAAUGAUCACUCUCCUGCCUUCCUGUAAAACCGCCCUCCAAGCCUCUUCCCUUCUUUGUCACCAUCCUCUGUGUACCUCUCUGAACACAGGCACUUCUCCACACUCCUUGCCAACCUCAGCUGGCCUUUGGGUGCAGCCCGGAAGUGUUUCAUGUGCCCCUCAUUGGCUCUCUCCCUUUUGCCCAGUAGCUAUUUCAGGCCUUCACCUCCGUUGUCCAGUCUUGUGCUUUAAGCAGAAGCUCAUCUCUUGCUUCGUAGAGAAACAGAGGUCAGAAGAUGGGACGCCCUCAGUUCUCUUCCCACAUUCAUGCACGUCUUGUCUGUGCUUGACCUUCUUUCCCUCUUUCUCAUGUCAGGAGCCCCUCUCCUCCCACAAAACUAAUGCUCCACCUGUGCCCUUGACUCCUCUGAUGUCCUCGGCCUUGUUUCACCUGUAAUUCCCUCUCCAUCCUCUCCACCUUGAUGUUCCUCCAUCCCCUGCCUUCUUCAUCAACAAACAUGCUGAGGAUUCUUGGAUCAUAAUCUUCACAGCUAAGUAUUUUUUUUUAAAGGACUUGUCUCUCAUAGUUAUCAUCUGCCUUUCUUCACUUUCCAUUUCUUCCUGAACCCACUGCAGGCUGGCUUCCUGAACUCCACUAAUAUGGCUCAUACAAGGUCACCUCUGGCGGGGUAGCUUCUUGUCCAUAUUUGGCUUCCUUGCAUCAGGUGACACUCCCAACCCUUGAUUUCUGAGUAUCAUUUCCUUGUGAUGAUCCUCUGAUAUCGUGGUUUCUCCAUCUUCUUCCCUAACCCCGUUUCUCUACAUGCCACUGAUACAUUGGGGUUUCCUGGGGUUGGGUUUGUUCUUUCUUGUUCUUUCUUGUUCUUUCUUGGUUCGUCCUUAUCUCACUCUGCAUACACUCCCUGCAUGAUCCUGGCUAGGCCCUUUGUUGAAUCACUACCUUGAGGCUGAUGUUCUUAACUCUCUAUUCCCAGGCCUUGCUUGUGAGCUCCAGCCCCACAUGCUCUCUCGAAUGUUCUCCAGGCACAUCACACUUGGCAUAUCCAAACUGAAACUCUUUCUCUUUCCCUUGUCCCCUCUCCCACAUCUGUCCCUCAACACCCCGCCAGGAACACCUGACUUCUGUUCUAGUCUCUCACUUCCAUUGCAUCCUAGAUACCAAUCCGACCUGCUCACUCAUGGGUCCCUGAGUGACUCAUGUUCUCCUGGGCCUCUCUUUGAGUUUUGAAACAUUCUAUCUAAAAUAUCUGUAACCUGCCAACUCCAGUUCGUCUUUCAACAUCCAGUUAGGACAUCACCCCUUCAGUGAAGCCUUUCGCCAAGGCCUUAGCUUCUGCUAGCUGCCUGUCUGAGUCUCUGAUAUCACCUUCAAACCCCCCACCAGAACACUCUCCUCAUGGCAUCACAGUUGCCUUUUUACUUAUCUGCCUCCUCCAUCAGAUUGUGAACAGAAGCCGUGUCCCUUUAAUUUUUUCUAUCCCCAGAACCUAGCCUGGGUCCUGGAAUAUAGUAGGUGCUCAGUUAAUGUGUGUUGAGUGAAUGAAUAAGUGAAUGAACUUGCUUAUCUCAGAGCCGAAGAGACAUAAAACUGCAUAUUUUGAGUUUUUAUGUUGUAGCAGUCAACAAAGGCCAUUAAAUCAUCUGUAUUUCCAAGCAAA